AUGUGCAAUGUCGCCAAAAACUCGGCUCGCCGAGAAGAAAGAAAAAGCGGGAGCGUCAGAGAAGAAGAAGAACGCCGGCGUGAAAAAAAAGAAGCGGCAGCGAAAAGGAAAGCUGCCGUUAAGAAAAAGAAAGAAGCGGCAGCGAAAAGGAAAGUCGCCGUUAAGAAAAAGAAAAAUGUGGCGAAGAGGAGUGAGACCACAGAGAAGAAGAGGAAGCGAGACAGUGGUCUGGAUGGUGGGUCCUCGUCUAAUCCAACCAAGAGGGCUCGAAACCGUGUGAGAGAAACCGCAGCAUCUCCACUGGAACAUCAAGGCGUUCAUUCCCCCACACCAGCAGCAGAAUUGCCUUCUCAGGGCAAUAGUAAGGGUACACCACGCCCAGUGAUUCCGAGUCAGCCACAAAAAUCGCCAACACCAACUCAUGCAGCGAGUGAGGCCGAGAAUCCACAACAACCUCGAGUAACCUCAGGCUCUUCCACAAAGAGUCCUUCACAUCGUGUAGACAAGCAGGACGGUGAGGAGAUUGGAUCUAACAAUAGAGAUUCAAACGCACUCGAGGUUGCCGUUGAUAAUGACGCGCCAAGAACGGUUGAGAGGGAUGAUAUGACCGUAGAAGCUGACAAACCUGCUGGUUUUUUCUUCAAACGGAGCGACUAUGGAAAGGGUUGCAAGUUCUCCUAG